CCCUUCUCAUGCACAUCCGCCCAAAUGCACGACGAAUGCACGUCGGUCGCUUGCUUGCUUGCUUGCUUGCGUUCUGCCGUGCUUCACUCCUCUCUCAUACGAGAAGCUCUCUCCCCUAGCCUAGAGAGAGCCGCUCCCUCAACUCAAGUUUCUCAUGUCAUACUUUUGUUAUAGCCAGUUCCCUCCGUCUUCCAACCUCGUCCGAUAGGUUCGAUGAGACGGAGGAAAAGUAAGAAUAAAGAUUAUACGCCCUGAGAUGAGAUAUUGAGAUGCAUAUCACGGCCGCAGCGAGGAGGGAACAGAAGCACUGCCCAAUCCCAGUCCAUGGCUUGACUUUCAUGCACGUACUUCGCCCCCCGCAAAGUUGCCGAGCUCGUCGCCGCCAGUGCUUACAAAAUGCUUUCCUCUGAAUGACAACGAUGGGAGAGAUGCCGAAUAGCGGAUAUGUUGCCUCCCUUCUAGACCCUGCCAAGCAUGUACAACUCCGUAGUGAACAUGGUGAACUACCGAAAGGCCAGGAUCUAAGGCUCCAGCUGGGGUUUUGCUGGCAGUGGUCCUCACGCCACGUCCCCCAGGCAAAGGCCGCCACCAAGUGGGCCGUCGACUAUCCAUGAGAAAAAGCCAAGUCUGCCAUGCAGCAUGGACAGGUCAUCACAUGGAGUCACAUGUAAUCAUAAUUCACACGAGGGACACAGCAUACCACAAGGGCGUCGUAAUUGAGGAGCAUAAUAUCUUUUUUUUAAUCUAGGCAAUUCCAUUUAUGUCUGAUCUCUUUGUAGUAGUAGUAGUACCAGAAUGCCUUUUGAACCAAUUGAAUCAAUACCAUUAGCAACCGACUUUUCCUUUCCCGUUUCCAGCCUGCUCGUAGUAG